CCCUUAGCAGUACCUGUACUGGGGGAGCACCACCGUGACCCCUGGAGUGGCAUCUGUAUAUCGUGCUAUAAGAGGGACCAUGCGCUUCCCCCACCCUCAGUUCCUUCUUGCCGCCAGUGAAGGUAGUCGGAACUUUGUGCUCCAGCUCUGCUGCAGCCUUUCUACUUGACCUUAGUGGUACCAUUUGUGGAUUGUUACUUCAGUGUUAGAGUGGGCUUGGGGCAUGCCCCAGGCUUCAAGUCGUGCAAUUCCUGUCACCGUUCUUUGCCUAGGAGUGACCUGCAUGCUGAGUGACUCCGAUGUUUGGGUGAGACUCACAUCAGCGAACGUUGUAAGAUCUGCAGGUCAUUCAAGCCGUGGACCAAGAGGGAGAGAGACAUUAGAUUCCGUGCUAUCUUGAUGGAAUCAGUGUUGGCCCCAACUCUGGCGCGCCGGGCAGACUCAGCUCCCGCUGCCGCACCGUUGGUACGUAGCGAGGCACCCUCUACUAGCUGGCAUCGUUCCCCCUCCAAGAAGCAGGGAAAGGGCCCUACCUCGCAGCAGCGCCGAGACAAAGAGGGGAGGCUGGUCCUGCCUCAGGCAGCCCACAGUCCCCCCUGGGCUCAAGGCCUCUGAUUGUGUUGAGCGGAGCAGCCUGGCGCCGUCCACACGCACGUCUCCACCAGUAUGGAUCCUGUCGACGCCAGAGGCAAUGCGGGCUGCGAAAGACAUUAUGAGUCUCCCACUUCUAGGCGUGCAACCAGUGACAAGUCCCAGGGCAAACCUCCAGUGGGUGCCCAUCAAACCUCUCCUGCAGGUCACAGUUCCCACUCCAAGGACCAUUCUCUGCACUGUUUGGCUUGUAGCGACCAGUGGUCUGUCAGCUCGCACAUCCCUUGACGCUGACCAGACCGUCCCAGUCACCACCCAGAUGGGAGUCUUGGGGACCCUCUACUCCGCCUGCCAGCGAGCACAGGCAUUGAGAGAGGCGCCGGGAACGUUUUCCUUCACAACACGACUACUGUAGCCGAUCUCAAUGGGAUAGGCUCGUUCUCGUUCCCGCUCAACUAGAUAUCAUGCUCAAGAUUCCUCUCGCGAUGCCUCUGCACCGGAACACCCCUUGCCGGCAUGGGUACUGAAGCAACUUUUCAGGCAGGUACUGUUCCUCGACUUCGAGGUCCAGGUCCUGAUGGAGGCAGUAUCGCAAGCACCGCCACUUACACCAUUCCUGUGAGACCGUGUGCUCGAUGGUGACCUCGGCCCACGCGGCUCAGCUGGGACAGCUACCGGCACCAGGCCCUCAGCUGGGUCAGUGGCAAGGGGCACCGUGGCAGGGACAGUGGUGCCAGUGGGCACCAUGGCCACAGAUGCCUGCCCAGAUGGAGACCCACUCGGUCACCGGAGCGUCUCAGACUCCAUCAGCUUCAUCCGGCCGCCUAAGAGACAGAUCAGCAGGCCACAAGUCGGCGAACCUGUGCCCGGACUCUGAACUGGGGCUUGACCCCCUGGUACCUACCGAGGCCCAUGACUCCGCAUUGGCUCUUUCUCCUAUACAAUAACGGUGCCUCCGCCACCAAUCCCUCAGGAGGAUUUAAGGCACACCAAGACCUGCUAAAGCGAGUGGCAUCCAGCCUUCAGCUGCAGGCUGAGGAAAUUGAGGGCCCCUCCGAUUCCCUCUUUAACGUGUGGUCCCCCUUGGCAACCAGGCCCCAUGACUCUGCUCCUGCACCAGGGUGUAGACAACAUUUCCAACACCCUGUGGCAAACUCCCGCCUCUUUGGUGCCAGUCUCCAAGAAGGCUGAAAGGAAGUACUUUGUGCCCACCAAGGACCAUGAGUACCUAUAUUCCCACCUAGCACCUAACUCGCUCGUGGCAGAGUUGGUAAACCAUAGAGAGCAUCAGGGCCAACCUGCACCUACCCCCAAGAAUAAGGACGCCAGAUGACUGGACUCCUUGGGUAAAAAAAUUUAUUCCUUGGCAAGUUUCUAGCUCGUGGUAGCUAACCACCAAGUCUUACUGAGCAGAUAUGACUAACUUGUGGGAGUCUCUGCCUAAAUUUGAGGCUCUCCUCCCAGACCGGGACAGGAAGGACUUUAAGGCGCUAGUAGAAGAGGGGGCGGUGAAAGUGGCAUCGGACGCAGCCGACACUGCAGCCCGCUCAAUGGCUUUGGCGAUCUCCAUGCGCAGGGCAUCAUGGCUCCUCCUGCCUGGACUGUCGACGGAGGCCCAAUCUCUUAUGCCGGACCUCUUGUUUGAUGGGAAGGCAAUCUUCGUGGACCAGACGGAUGUCCGACUGCAUGGGAUGAAGGAUUCCCGCACCACCCUGCAGACCAUGGGUCUCUAUGUCCCUCCAGCAAAGGACAAGACCAAACCAAAACUGUCAGCUCAAUCUGUGAGGAGCAGAUAUGAGACCGAGACACCAAAAUGCCGGUCUCAGCAGCAGUCCCACUCUGCCCUGCAACCUGGGCCCUCUAAGGGCAAGAGGCAGGGAAGGAGGCAGUUCUGACUAUUUGCAAGGGGGCACCGGGCCUGUUGCCAGGAUGACACCCCAGUUAAUAGUUUGUGUUCUGCAACUGUUUGUCUGCCUUCCGCAUGGCAUGGUCCCAUAUCACAUCGGACCAGUGGGUCCUCAGCACCAUUUCCAAGGGCUACAGGUUGCAGUUCACCUCAUCCCCUCCAAACCACCCACCCUCCCCUGUAGGAUCCGGAGCAUGCCCACCUCCUAGGGCAGGAGAUGGACCGUCUACUGCACCUGGGGGCGGUGGAAAGAGUGCCAGUAGAAUUCCAAGGCAAGGGGUUCUACUCCCAGUACUUCCUGAGCCUUAAACCAUUUUCUAGCCCACUCCAAGUUCCACGUGGUAUUGUUGGCCUCUAUUAUCCCCUCCCUGGACCAGGGGGACUAGUAUGUGACCCUGGACCUCCAGGACGCGUACUUCCACAUCCAUAUCUUCGAGGGGCACAGGCACUUCCUCUGAUUCCUAGUGGGGAUGAACCACUACCAGUUUGCGGCCCUCCCGUUUGGCCUAUCCACAGCACCCAGAGUUUUCACGAAGUGUAUGGCUGUGGUAGCUGCCUACCUCAGGCGGGAGGGGGUACAGAUCUUCCCAUACCUGGACUGGCUUCUCAAGGGUAACUCGUUCUGAGGUAAAGACCCAUGUGGAACUGCUCCUGUCAACAUGUGCCAGUCUCAGCCUAGUGGUGAACGAGACCAAAUCAACCUUAGUUUAGUUCAGCGCAUAGAGUUCAUUAGGGCGCUGCUGGACUCCACAAGAGCCACAGCCUCUCUCCCCCUGGACAGGUUCAAGGCCCUAAGAGGUCUCAUCGCUUCGGUCACGGCUUUCCUGGUGACAACAGCAGAGGCGUGCCUUCAAAUUCUAGGUCACAUAGUGGCAUGUACAUAUGUGGUCUACUAUGCCAGGCUCCGAAUGAGGCCCCUCCAACUCUGGCUAGCCUCCCAAUUCUCCCAGGCCCGGGAUGGGCUUAUACGAGGUCCUCAUAGUUUUUCGUCCCCAAUUCUCAGUGGUGCUUACCCAAGCAAGAUGCUGCAAGGGGUUCCCUUUUGGGAGGCCAACCCGUCUGGACCUGGUGACCAAUGUGUUGGACCUGGGUUGGGGAGCCCACACAGGCAACAUGCAAACCCAGGGGAUGUGGUCGAUCCCAGACUUGUCCCUUCACAUAAAUGUCAAGGAGCUCAGGGCAAUACGGUUGGCGUGCAUGGCCUUCCGCAUGCACCUUCGCGGCAAGGUGGUCAGGGUUCUCACAGACAACUCCACAGCCAUGUACUACAUCAACAGGCAAGGCGGGACUCGCUCCCUAACCCUCUGCUGGGAAGCCCUCAGCCUAUGGGAGUUCUGUAUAGCCCACGAUAUCUCCCUGAGGGCUGUACGCCUCAGCAGGCUUUUCUCCUCCGAGUACGAGUGGUCGCUCCGCUCGGUCACUCACCGGCUCUUCCAAGAGUGGGGUGUUCCCCAGAUCGACCUCUUUGCAACCCCCCAGAACCGAUGUUGUCCCUGGUUCUGCUCCAGGGGAGGAGUGGGGAGAGGCGCGCUAUCCAAUGCAUUCUUCCCACAGUGGUUGGGCCAGCUCCUUUACGUUUUCCUGCCAUUCCCUCUUAUUGACAAAGUCCUGCAGAACGUAAAAGCAGACAAAGUGAAAGUCAUCCUUAUAGCCCCCGAGUGGGCCCACCAACACUGGUACGGGACCCUCCUCUGCCUCUUGGCCCCCCCACCCCAAGGAUGCUGUCGCUCCGCCUGGACCGCCUCUGCCAGGAUGGGGGCCAUCUCAAUCUAGCCGUGCUCCACCUGACAGCGUGGUUGCUCUGUGGCUAGACAAGGAGGGCGGCAGAUGUUUGGAGUAGGUAAGGCGAGUUCUCCUGGCAAGUAGGAAACUGUCCACAUGCCAGACGUACAUGGCGAAGUGGUCCAGGUUCUCCAAGGGGGUGAGUGAGCAGGGAGUCUCCCCUUCCUCCGCACCUCUCCAGCUUAUCCUGGACUACCUCCUGUCCCUUAAGACCCAGAGACUGGCACCCACCUCUGUCAGGGUACACCUGGUGGCCAUAUUGGCCUUCCACUCACCACUGAAAGGGUACUUGGUCUUCUCCCACCCUAUGACCUCCCAUUUCCUGAGGGGCCUUGACUGUUCAUUCCCAUACACUAGAUCCCUUGUGCCACAGUGGACCUGAACCUAGUUUUGUCCCAACUCUCGGGUCCUCCCUUUGAGCCCCUGGCCACGUGAUCAUGGUCUCACCUCUCAUGGGAAGGUAGCCUUCCUGGUAGCGAUCAUGUCGGCCCGACGUGUCUCAGAGCUCAGUGCCUUGACCUUGUAAACCCACUAUACAGUCUUCCACAGGGACAAAGUCCAACUGCACCCACACUCGGUGUUCCUUCCGAAGGUGGUCUCCGCCUUCCAUGUGGAACAGAGCAUCUUUCUUUCCGUGCUCUGCCCUAAGCCCCAUUCCUCCAAUGAGGAACACUGCCUCUAUAUGCUCAAUGUAUGUAAAGCACUGGCCUUUUAUCUGCAUCACACCAAGCUGUUCCAGAAAUCUUUGCAAGUUUUUGUUGCCUUGGCUGAGUGGGUAAAAAAAGGGCAACCUAUCUCCACCCAGCAUCUUUCCCGCUGGAUCACCUCAUGCAUACACAUGUGCUAUGAUCUGGCAGGGGUUCCCCCACCACUGAUCAUCAGGGAACACUCAGGUCUCAUCAGCUGCUUACGUAGCCCCCGUCCCUAUCCUAGACAUUUGUAGAGCGGCCUCUUGGGCCUCUGUUCACAUGUUUACUUCGCAUUAUGCAAUCAUCUCCCAGUCUAGGGAUGACUCCGGAUUUGGCAGGGCAGUACUCCAUCUAUCAUGAACUCCUACCCACCUCCAACAGGUAUGGCUUGGAAUCACCUACUGUGGAAUACAUUUGAGCAAUCACUUGAAGAAAAAAGGACAGUUACCUCUUCCAUAACACGUUCUUCAAGAUGCGUUGCUCAUGUCUAUUCCACACCCUGCCUUCCUUCCCCUCUGUCGGAGUUGUCCAGCAAGAAGGAACCGGGGGCGAGGGGGAGCGGUCCCCCUUAUGAUAUACAGGCGCCACUCCAGGGGUCGCUGCGUUGCUUCCCCAGUACGGGUACUGCUAAGGGGAAAACUUCUGGCUCCGGCGCACGUGGCAAGCAUGCACACCUACUGUGGAAUACACAUGAGCAACACAUCUCGCAGAAUGCCAGUUAUGGAACAGAUAACUGUCCUUUUCCCCUAAAACAAUUCACUGUUUAGAUGCAAUUUAAGAAAUGUGUGCGCUAGUGACUGCAAACGGAUGUCUGAUACUAGAUUCCAAGUUAUGCAGCCUUGUAAGAGCAGGUACAACUCCUCAGUUUACUUUUGACCAGUACUUGUCCUUUUUGUGGUUGAAUAAUUAGUAAUGAAAUAAAAGCCAGUGAUUUUGGGGCCACUAGCAAUUUGUAUGGUUCUGUUUUAAUAUUCCACUUGUGUUCAUGGAUGUCUGUAAUACCUCUCAUUUUUUGAAGAUCUCUAUAUGGGGCACUGAUCUACAUUGAGCCCACAUUAAAAAUGCAUUGAAGAGGUGCUAUAAAAUGUUAGUUUUUAACUCCAUCUCCCUGGAAUGGUGUUUGGAUGAAAGCUUGUUGGCUGUAACGGAACCAUUCCUUUCCAGCAAGAAGUGUGGGCUACUGGGCUACACGCUUACAGAGGCAUCGACUUUGAUUGUAUGACACUUAGUCCUUUUGGAUAUCUGCUGCAAGACUGUAACAUCAUCCGAUGAAGUGGGCUGUAGCCCA